UAAAAACGAAAGUGAAAACACCGCGAUUACACUCGAGCUGAUGAGAAGUGCGCAGUUUACGAUCUGAGGUCAUUUUUAUUUCAUUAUGGAGUACAGAGAGAGCACUGCUCCUCAUACGAAACAGAAGAGAAAGCGUCAGAAAACGUCAUCGUCAUCUCCUGAACCCAGUGUUGUCUCUCUGAGGAGUGAGCACUCCAUGGGUUACCCUCCUGAACUCAGUGAUAAAAUAGAAACAUCUGACUUUAUAUCAAACAUUACACAUAAACAUGAUCUGUCUCCAGUUGUGCAUCAGGACUGUCAUGAUGAAUCAGUGGAUGAUGUUCUUCAGAGAGUCAAAGACAAACACAAAAGCAUCAUGAAGAACAAGUAUGAGAAUUUAUUUGAGGGAAUCAAAGCACAAGAGACUCAAACGCUCCUGAAGAGAAUUUACACACAGCUGUACAUCAUAGAGGGAGAGAGUGAAGGAGUGAAUGAAGAACAUGAGGUUUUACACAUGGAGAAAAAGCCCAGAAGAACACAAGACUUACAAGACACUCCAAUCUACUGCAAUGACAUCUUUAAAGCUCAAUCACAUCAAAGAGACAAAAUCAAGAGUGUUCUUACUAAAGGCAUCGCUGGAAUUGGAAAAACAGUCUCUGUGCACAAGUUCAUUCUGGAUUGGGCCGAGGGAACAGCCAAUCAGGACGUAGAUUUCAUGUUCCUGCUUGCGUUUCGAGAGCUGAACUUGAUUCGAGAGCAUCGCUACAGUCUUCACAAACUUCUGCUGGACUUUCAUCCUGAACUUCAAGAUGUGGACUCAAAGAUUUAUGAGGAGUGUAAAGUUGUGUUCAUCUUUGAUGGUCUGGAUGAAAGCAGAAUGACUCUGAUGUUUUCAGACAGUGAAAAAGUUUCUGAUGUGACUGACACUUCAUCAGUGGCUGUGUUGAUGUCAAACCUCAUGAAAGGAGAUCUGCUUCCCUCUGCUCUCAUCUGGAUCACCUCCAGACCAGCAGCAGCCAAUCAGAUCCCCUCCAAAUACAUCACGCGUGUGACAGAAAUCCAGGGAUUCAACGACGCUCAGAAGGAGGAAUAUUUCAGGAAGAGAAUCAGCGACGAGCAUCAAGCCAGCAGAAUCAUGUCACACAUCAGAAGAGCGAGAAGCCUCCACAUCAUGUGUCACAUACCAGUCUUCUGUUGGAUCUCAUCCACUGUGCUUCAGAAGAUCCUGACACAAGAUCACAGUGAAGAAAUCCCCAAAACUCUGAGUGAAAUGUACAUCCACUUCCUGCUGAUUCAGAUGAAGAUGAAGAAUGAGAAGUAUGAUCCAGAGAGAGAUCCAGAGAUCAACAGAGAAGUGAUUGUGAAACUGGCUGAAGUGGCUUUCAAACAACUGAUGAAGGGCAAUGUGAUGUUCUAUGAGGAGGAUCUGAGAGAGUGUGGGAUAAACAUCACUGAUGCCUCGAUGGAUUCUGGCAUCUGUACUGAGAUCUUUAAGAAGGAAUCUGUCAUUCAUCAGAGGAAGAUCUACAGCUUCAUACAUCUCAGUGUUCAGGAGUUCCUCGCUGCGGUCUACGCGUUUUACUACCAUGUCAUCAAAAAUACUAACACUUUGCAGUUUCUUGAUGUUGUUCAUGCUCUGCAUAGAGAAGCAGUCGAUAGAGCUCUUGAGAGUGAAACUGGUCAUCUGGAUCUUUUCUUGAGAUUUCUUCUGGGCAUCUCACUGGAGUCCAAUCAGAGACUCUUACAGGAUCUACUGACACACACUGUGGACACAUCACAAACCAUCAAGAAAACUACUGAAUAUAUCAAAGAGAAGAUCAAAGAUGGACGUGGUUUCUCAACUGAAAGAUCCAUCAAUCUGUUCUUGUGUCUGUCUGAAGUGAAUGAUCAGACUCUGUACAGAGAGAUUGAGGAGUUUGUGAGAUCAGACAAACACUCAGAGAAGAAACUCUCUGCUGCUCACUGUUCAGCAAUAGCCUACAUGCUUCAGAUGUCAGAGGAGGUGAUGGAUGAGUUUGAUCUGAAGAAAUACAACACAACACAGGAGGGCAGAAGAAGACUCAUACCAGCUGUCAACAACUGCACAAGAGUUCUACUUGCUGACUGUAAUCUCACAGUUGAGUCGUGUAAAAUCAUCGCUUCAGCUCUUCAAUCUUCAGAUUCUCCUCUGAGAGAGCUUGAUGUGAGUAACAAUGAUCUUCAGGAUUCAGGAGUGAAGCUGAUCUCUGAUGCUCUCAAGAACACAAACUGUCAUCUAGAGAUACUGAGGUUGUCAGGUUGUAUGGUGACAGAUGAAGGAUGUUGUUAUUUGGCUUCAGCUCUGAGUUCAAACCCGUCACACCUGAGAGAACUCGACCUGAGCUACAAUCACCCACAACACUCAACACUUCAGCUGCUCGCUUAUCAAAAUGAUCCAAACUACACACUCAACAAACUCAAUGUGGAGCAUGGAGGACACUUAAGGAUCACACCAGGUUUGAGGAAAUAUGUCUGUAAUCUCACACUGGAUCCAAACACAGCAAACGUUCGUCUCCUUUUGUCUGAUGGGUACAAAAAGUUGACCCAUGUGGAAGAGCAGUCGUAUCCUGAUCAUCCAGACAGAUUUGAGAAUUACGAGCAGGUUUUGUGUGGAGAGAGUUUGACUGGACGCUGUUACUGGGAGGCUGAAUGGAGCGGCUGGGUUGAUAUAUCAGUGACUUACAAAAGAAUCGGCAGGAAAGGACGGAGUGACGAUUGUAACUUUGGACUCAACGAAAAGUCGUGGAAUCUGAGUUGUAUUUAUGGAAGGUUCACUGCCUGGCACAAUAAAAGUAACAUCGAGAUACGCACCCCUUUACCUCCGUCUAAUAAAGUAGGAGUGUAUUUGGACUGUCCGGCCGGCACUGUGUCCUUCUACAGCGUCUCUGACACACACACACUCACACACUUACACACAUUCAACACAACAUUCACUGAACCUCUCUGUGCUGGAUUUGGAGUGUUUUAUUCUAACUGCUCGGUGUCACUGUUACAUUAAACAUUGUGAGUAAGAGUGUGUUUAGUUGCAAUACUGCAAUGGUAUUGGAAGCAUUAUAUAUAAUAAAGUUGUAGGAAAUAUACCCUGAUAGCACACACACACAUCUGGGAGACAUCUUUUUAAUGUUUGCAUUUACAUCUGCAAGACAUGUUUUUGGAUUUGUUGCUCAUCUGACAUCGUAUAGACGUCUAGAAGAUUUACAUUUAGUCAUUUAACAGAUGCUUUUAUCCAAAUCGACUUACAGAGAGAUCAGGGAGCAAUAAGCGAUAUGUCAUACAGGAGCAAUAAUACGAUGCUAAUACAAAGUUACUAGACCAGUAAGUGUUGAGAGAAAGAGAGAGGUUAGUGUUUUAUUAUAUUUUAUAACUCAUUUGUCUGUCAAGUAUUCACAGAAGAGAUGUUUGGAGGAUGUUUAUAAGUUAGAAUGAAUGUAGAACUCCUCUUUCUAAGACGUUUAUCAGAUGUUUUUACACUGCAGAUGUUUGAUGUACAUGUGCUAACUGGGAAAAAUAUCAUAAUGUGUUAGUAUUAGGUUACUUGUUUAUAUCAAAAGUGUUGGAAAAUAUAUAAAAUGGACUUAAAUGAUAAUUGGUAACGAAAGAGAAAUAAUGGUAAGCCUAUUGAUGUGUUGAUGUAAAACUGUAAAUCUACUGGACAAACUCUUGAUUGUGUAUGUGUAAACUUUCACAAACUCACUAUCAACUCAAUUUUUUGUACUUUGUGAUCAAAUAUACACAUAUAUAUAUAUAUACUGU